UUUACUGGGAAAAAUCUCUCUCUCUUCGCUGUAUAUUGUUGAACGCAGCUAGAAGCGAGAGGGAGAGAAGGCUUCCCCAUUCCAUUCAUUCUUUCCUUUCUCUUUCCCUUUCUCAAUUUUUUUCUGAUCUUCAAUCUUCAAUCCUCUAACAGUUGUUGAGGGUUAGAGAAAGAGAGGGGGGAAAGGAUUUGGCAUCCGCCGUUUGAAAUCGGAAAAAAAAAUAUGAAUAUGAUGCGUCGCCUCAAGAGCAUUACUUCCGGCCGUUCUUCCGUUUCUGAUCCUGGAGGGGAUUCCAACAUUAAGAGGGUGAAGGUUGAGCAAGAGGUUGAUCAGAGGGCUACGGGUGAACCUCAACCGAAGGAAGAAUCCACCACUGCAUUAAGACAGGAUGCAGCCUCGAUAUCUCAGGGAACUACCACGGAUGUGCUAAAUGUGGCUGGAGUGGAAAAAUCUGGCUAUGAUGAGCUUCCCAAAGAAAUGAAUGAAAUGAAAAUUAGAGAUGAAAAUAUUGAUAACCAUGAGGGCAAUGUAAAGGAAAUGGAGCCGGCUGUUGUUAGCGGUAACGGGACUGAAGUAGGUCAGAUAAUUGUAACUACUGUGGGUGGUCAAAAUGGACAACAAAAGCAGAAUUUGUCUUACAUGGCAGAGCGGGUGAUAGGGAGUGGUUCAUUUGGAGUUGUUUUUCAGGCCAAUUGCCUCGAAACCGGUGAUACUGUGGCUAUAAAGAAGGUGCUACAGGACAGGAGAUACAAGAACCGUGAACUCCAGAUUAUGCGUUUAGUCGAUCACCCUAAUGUUGUUCAACUGAAGCAUUGUUUCUAUUCAACUACCGAGAAGAAAGAAAUGUACCUCAACCUUGUGCUGGAGUAUGUGCCCGAAACUAUCUACCGAGUUUCUAGGCACUAUUGCAGAAUGAACCAGCCUAUGCCCAUUAUAUAUGUUCAACUGUAUACAUACCAGAUUUGUCGAGCUCUAAAUUAUUUACACAGUAUAAUUGGUGUGUGUCACCGUGAUAUUAAACCACAGAAUAUAUUGGUUAAUUCCCAUACUCAUCAGCUAAAGCUUUGUGAUUUUGGGAGUGCAAAGAAAUUGGUGCGCGGUGAGCCAAAUAUAUCAUACAUCUGUUCUCGCUACUAUAGGGCUCCAGAAUUGAUCUUUGGGGCUACGGAGUAUACAACUGCUAUUGAUAUGUGGUCUGUUGGUUGUGUUAUGGCUGAGCUACUUCUUGGACGGCCUCUAUUUCCCGGGGAAAGCAGUAUCGAUCAACUAGUUGAAAUCAUUAAGAUUUUGGGGACACCAACUAGAGAGGAGAUUAAGUUAAUGAAUCCGAACUAUACAGAAUUCAAGUUUCCUCAGAUUAAAGCUCAUCCCUUGCACAAGGUAUUUCACAAAAGAAUGCCUCCCGAGGCAGUGGAUCUAAUAUCGAGACUGCUCCAGUACUCACCAACUCUGCGUUGUACUGCUUUGGAGGCUUGCGCACACCCGUUCUUUGAUUCUUUGCGAGAGCCAAACGCGUGCUUACCGAAUGGGAAACCUCUGCCUGCUCUAUUCAAUUUUACUCCUCAAGAGCUAGCCAGUGCGCCAGCCGAGCUGCGAAACCGUCUCAUCCCCGAGCACAUGAGCAAAUCUAUAUGUUGACAGCCACGGCUAUCAAUUUAGGGCGGUGUAAAAAAAUUGUUUCUGCAAGGUUAGGUUAUCAAUACGCAAUCACUGCUAUUUCGUCGCGCCAAGGAUGAAGGAUAUAUAACAGGUUGUCAAAUGUCAAGGUGAUCUUCUAUGGAUUGAUAUGGUGUGUAAAUAAUUAACUAUGAUGAUGAGAGAGAAAGAAAGAGAGACUGAUUUGAUGUGUUCUUCAUGCUGUGAAAAUGGCUUUUAGCUAGUUUGGUUGUUUAUACACUUCUGUGAGAGGUGAAUAGAUUGACCUAGGGAUUACCUCAAUUCUGCACAACACCCUUUUCUUGUCUUUCUUCCUGGUGUUGUCUUUCAUGGGAAGUGAUUUCUGUACCAAAAACCAUUCUUGCACGAAACACUAUAUUUAUUGCCAUUUAUUUGAAUCUCCAA